ACUUGCCAACAAACACAAAACCCUGUCGUCCUGUCCUACAUUUUUUCGACAAGAGAAAGAAGAUGGUCCAGCGUCUCACUUAUCGGAAGCGCCACAGUUACGCCACCAAGUCCAACCAGCACCGGGUUGUCAAAACCCCUGGUGGGAAGCUUGUGUACCAGACCACUAAGAAGAGAGCGAGUGGACCUAAAUGUCCUGUCACUGGGAAAAGGAUUCAAGGGAUUCCUCACUUGAGACCUACUGAAUAUAAGAGGUCUAGAUUAUCCCGGACUAGGAGGACCGUUAACCGUCCCUAUGGUGGUGUAUUAUCUGGAAGUGCUGUUAGGGAGAGGAUCAUCCGUGCUUUUUUGGUGGAAGAGCAAAAGAUUGUGAAGAAGGUGUUGAAGAUUCAAAAGGCCAAAGAAAAGCAGGCAUCAAGAAGUUAAAACCAGAUAGACUUUGUUUACCAAACUUUAAUUUCUUUAUGAAAUUUUGGCUGAUAUGAAUUAUGUACAAUGGUAUUUUGAGCUGUUCGUUAAAACUUAAAUGAGCAUUUGAUUUUGAAUGGAGAAUUUUUCUUGACUCGA